AGCAGAAGCAGACCGCUCUGGCUCUGGCAGCAAGCACAGCACAGCAGUGUGUUUUGUGUUGUUCCCGGAUUCAGUUCGUGCGAGUUGCGUCCGCGUCCGCCGUGUGUUGUGUUGUGUUUGUGAUUGUGAGUGCAGUGCAGUGAUCAGUAUUCGAGUGAGAGUGCGACUCGGGGACCAGGAAUACCCUAUCGUCGCCGUCUCGACGUUUUCAAGGGAGUUUGGCUGUCGCGGUCGCUGCGGCGGCGACGACGGCAUCGCAUCGCGCAGCGCUGACCCUGCGCGAGCAACGGCGCCGACCCGAAAGCAGUCCAUGUGGUAGCGGCGAGGAGCGGCGUGGCGGGGCGGCGCGCGGGGCGGGGCGGCGCUCCGUCACCAUGCGGCCCGGCGGCGGCGGCGAGCGGCCUGCAAGGCUGCCUCUCUCAUGAAUGGCUUGAACUGAUUUGGUGUGACCGACUCGUUGGCGUGGCUCAAGGCCGUUAAGCCAGCAUGGGGGUUGGUGACUACGAGGCGCCCUUCGUGGCGAGGUUGCUCCACAAUCUACCCCAUCUCAACAUUCGUCUGCAGUUUAUAAAUUCGACGUUUGCACCAGAGAAUGAGCUGUAUCUGGAGUCAUUGGGUAUUUUAGCAUUCAUUCCUGCAGCAUGCCUAAUACUAACACUCUUAAUACUUUUGAUGUACUUCUUGACGAGGUGUUGUGAUCGGAAACCUAGACGAAAGCGAACAAUUACUGCUUGCAAAUGGGUGUCAAUAGUAUUUAUUGUGUUAUUAACUUGGGCUGCAAUUGCUGCCUCACUUUAUGGAAAUCAUGAUAUUCAUGAGAAAAUGGUUCAAGUGUUGGAUGGUCUCAAGGGAAUGGAUAGUACUGUUAGAGAUCUGCAAAUUAAGACCGAAAGAUUGAAGGAAAUUAGAACAGAAGCUCGACAGCUACUAGAUCCACUUCAGACAAAGUUCAGAACGCCACCAUCACAGAUGACAGAUACACGUCAAGUGGAACUUGGAAAAGAAAUGGACACAUUGGCAAAUUUUGUUGACAGUGAUGAAAUUUACAAGAGAUUUACCAGCAUCAAUAAGUCAAUGCAUAACAUUUUCAAAUUUCGAUGGCUGAACACGUUGAGUAGAGCUGAACUUAUAAGGUGGAUAGGCACAAUGGGAAUGUGGGGAUUGUUGGUCCUGUUUUGUUUGAUUCUUUUGAUUGGCAUGUGUCGAUACUCAAGGUGUACAUUGAUAACGUUUUCGGUUUGUGGCUUGCUUGCUGUUAUUGUAUGCUGGCUUCAAGCAUCAAUUUAUCUCAUUGGAGCUGUGGCUAUUGGAGAUUAUUGCAUGCAGCCAGAUUUGUACCUGGAGAGUCUAGUGCAUGUGCCUGAAGAUGCAAGGGUUCUUGAAUAUUACAUGAGAUGUCCACGUGCUUCUAACCCAUGGGGACAGGUCCUCAAUCAAACACGUGAUGGAGUUAAUACUGCAUUCAAAAGCUAUAAGCGAGCCACCCAAAUCUCAGAUCAGCUAUAUCCUGAUGCUAAGGAUAAGAUGAACCAACUUGGAGAUCAAAUGAAUAAAUUAACUCUCAUGGUUCCAGAACUCCACCGGCAGCUUGAUUGCAAUGUGAUAUACCCUCAUUACUUGGCAAGCAGUCGUAUCUGCCACAAAGGACUGUACGGAUUAUGUUUGAUGCUGCUUGCAAGUGCCCUGUGCGGUGUUUGUUUCACAAUUUUGUUCUGGGUUGAUUCACAUACUUGGAUAUAUCUUGGCAAUAGGAAAAAUUACCAACAAGUAGAUGGACAAGACCCAUAUUUGCCACCAACAGCUGCAUCCCAGGCCAUUGCAGCACGCACUCUGCGAAGCCAAGGGUCGUAUGGCAGCUCAGGCUUGUUUCGGCAUAAAAUGCUGCAUGAUGGGGCGCUGCACGCAGCCUCACAGCAAUUGCUAGAUGGGAGAGGCUUUCGCGACGAAAAGUCCCAGCACGGUGGCAUUCAUCCGGGCGGAAGCGACACCCUACCAGGACCCAACCAUGGGCAGUACGCGACUCUGAGCAAACAGUGCAAGACGCUUGAAUCUUCUGACUUUUACUGAGGCAACGCCCACCGCUCCGGGGCCCAGACCCUAGAGCGACGCCCCCUCCCCGCUGUGCCCAUCCCGCGACCGCCGUCGGUCAGCUUCGUGUCCAGCGGAGCCGAGCAGCGCGCCGCGCAGUCCCGCGGCGCCUCGGCCGGCUCCGGGCCGCUGCCCAGCGCCGCGGACGACCCCGUCGGCCCCACGGCCACGCGUGACGCGCACGCGCGCGACGCCAUGCCCAGCUUGGCCGCGUCCAAGGCGGCGUCCCAGCCCGGCCUGCAUGCGCAGCACCCGCAGCAGCACUACGGGACGCACCGCUCGGCCGGCGCCGUGGACCACUACGGCACGCACCGCUCGGCCGGCGCCGCGGACCACUACGGCGCGCAGGCCCACGGCCAGCGCUACGUGGACCACUACGGGACGCACCGCUCCGCGGACAUGCACCACUACGGCACGCACCAGCAGCACCAGCAGGCGCACCACCCGCACUACGGCACGCACCGCUCCGUCGACCACUACGGCACCCACCGCUCGGCGGGCGCCGCGGCCGGCGACUACGGUGCCGCAGCCGCAUCUGCGGGGCACUACGGUACGCACCGCUCGGUGGAUGGAGCACAGUACGGGGCACAUCAGCAGCAGCAGCAGCCGCAGAGGCAGCAGCAACAACAACAGCAGCAGCCGCCGCCGCAGCAGCAGCAGCAUCAUGUGGCGCAUCGCCAGGGGGACACCACUUAUUAUGGAACACACCGUAGCCGCUAUGCGAUUACGGAGUUGUAAAAGGUUCUUGUAUACAUUCUAGGACAGUCUGUUGAUCUCUCUUUUGUUUUUGCUCUAAGUUGAUAUAUUUGUGGGGAUAACUGUGCCUAUUGGGAAAAGAAGAGAGUGAACAAGAGAUGUUACCAUAUACCUUUGCAAGUUGUGUUUGAAUGUGGCCAAUUGGAGAUAGGUGGGCUUUGAAAUUGUCUCAGUAAGUCAGUUAUGUUAGGAAAACGGUACUGUAUCCUUCUUUAGGAGGAAACUACACUGCCAGUUAUGUACCUUUUGAAUAUAUAUAAAAAAAGAGAUUAGUCUGCCUGGUGCAGAUAGAUUGACACAGGCACUUACUUCUCAGUGCUGUGUCACACUUCUCUCUAUACCUUUGCCAUUGCUUUAAGAACAUUAUUUUUUGCCCAUUUUCUUAUUGGUUUGUGUGAUACACUCUUUUGUGUGAGAAGAGUUUGUUGAAUUAUGAGAUUGAUAAUAUUGUGGUAUAGCUAGCUGUAGCUUUUUUUCUUUGUGUGUACUAUCAGCAUUUUUGUUAUACCAAAGGCUGCAUAGGUAUUAUGUGGAAAGUGUGAAUAAACCUGUGAUUUUUCUUGCCUCUCUGUAAAUCUGUAAUAUUAGUACCAUAGUAGCAUUGCAUCUUUGUGACUCUUAUAUCUGGUGUAUCCAGUGUUUUGCCUCAUGAAUCGAUGUUACAGUUGUUCCAUGGUACUCAUGACGGUCUACAAUUUUGUAUAUUUAUUUUUCCUUUUAAUGGUGGAGAAGCAAGCUAAAACACUUCCUUCUGCAAAUUUUGCAUUUGUGACCAAGGCAAGUUUAUUGAUUUUUAUCAGGAAAAUCACUAUUUCGUUAGCCUAUUUGAUUAGCCUCCCCUUUCCUCAGUUAGAGGGCCAGGGUAUAUUAAAAUCAAAAUUUACUCCUUAAUGGCCUGAAUAGGCACUUAAAAGUUUUCAAAUUCUCAUGUUUAUUUUUUUUCUUUUUGAAAUCUUGUUUAAUUUCAUCUUAUGGAAUUGGUUAGUACUUGAAAGUUUUUGCACUUGUAAGUGCUGCAAAGAUGUGUGAUAGACCAUUUGAACUAUAACUUGUAUUUUCAUUGACUGUCGGUCAAAAAUUUUCAACUGUCCAAUGUCGAUGCUAUGGACAGGAAAUGAUCAUCUUAUCUCUACAUUUUUAUUAUCCUGCUAGUCAUAAUAUUAUCAAGUUGACAGCCAUAUACUCUUCUGUAGAUAUUCUUAUUUAAGAGGAGUCUCUAGUGUUAAGACUGUAAGUUAAAACUUGUGCAUGUAAGAGGUGUUUUUGUAAUUCAAAAUGUUAUUAGAUAGAUUUAUGGAACUAGGCUGCUCUUUAAUGACAUGCCAACAAAUAGGAGAAAAUGAAAUCUUUGUUUCUUUUGAAACUGACUUUAACAAGUGGCCUUUAGUACAUAUGUCAAAUCUAAAGGCCUGCAGCUAGUUUAGUGCAAAUGAGGUAUUGUUUUCUAAAAUGAAGUAAUUACCCAAAUCAUUUCUAAAUGGGAGAGGACACACAUAGACAAAAUAUAGCUUAGUUUUAAUAAUGACUACCUUCUUCUUAGAACAAAAUGGACUGCAUGAUUACUGAAAAACCGAGUGUGCAUCUUGGCUCAAAAUUCUGAAGAUGUUAUGCCUGUCAAUUUUCAAAUAAAUACAAACUUCCUGCAAUGUUGCUUUAAUUUGUGUGCAACUUUGAGUAUGGCAGAUAGUUUUACCUUCCAUUUUAUUCCCUUGAUCCUUUUCAUAUCUUCAUUAACUUUUGUUACUAGAGUUAGCCUCAGUGCCAAAUGGUUUAGUGCUGGGAUUUACGAAAACUAUUCCCAUUGGGUUUACCUAAGUGUAAUGGUUUAUGCUCCGGGUUCAGAACUGGGGCUAUUUCUGUAGACAUUCCACUUUUAGAUUGAGAUUGUUGCCCUGCUAUCCAGUCCAGGUUGAGAUCCUAAAGACAAAGAGAAACUUUCUAAUCUAUAUACUUGUUUUGUGGUGUGCACCCAACUUGACUUUAUGUGGAGUCACACUUUUUGCAUAUUUAUUUAUGUUUUUUUAAAUACUUAUGAGCAGCUGGUUUUAGACUUUCUUAUUUCGAUGCUGUACAAUUAGACUAUCAUCCAAAUCAAAACUACCUACUGUACUUGUACUCUAUAUUAUAUGCUAUACCGAAUAGGAUUGUUAAUAGAGCAGUACAACUGAAUGAAAACCAAUCUUUUCAUUUAAAACCCAAUUUGUUUGAAAUACUGUUGUGAGCAAUUGUACUUGGAUACUAUUUAAUACUGUAUUGUUUAUACAAGUUUUAUCAAAUUCUAAAUUAAUUAUGGCAGUUUAAUAAUACGGACAACUAUCUCUUGAAACUUUCUCAUAGCAAUGAUGUAGCCCAUAUUUGACUCACUGUACAAGAAUGUAAAAUUUUUGAAAAGUAACUAAUAUUUUAAACCUUAUAAAGUACUAUUGGAGUUUUUCUUCUCAUGCUAGCCACUUACCCUACAGUUGGAAGAGUGACUAAGCAAUGGUAAACCAGUGUAUAAGUGUAUGUUUAAGUGUGAGAGAAUGCGUUUUAUAUUUUGUGUUCAUGACCAUCAUUAAUAGAGCAAAGGGAUACAUACUGCACCAGUAAUUUUCACAACAAUGUAAUUUUUUGAUUCAAAUCCACAUUUUUGUUAUGUUUCUAAGUAUUUUAGUGUACUAGUUAUGGAUUGAGCAGUGAGCAAGCACCGUCAAAAGUACGAUGUAUAUUACUAAUUGGAUGGGAGGAGGUUGGAUAAUGAUUACAUUAACAUUCAUUCACUUCUGUCCUCUGUUACCAUGAAGGGUUUACUUGGCCUAACAAACAUUAUGAUAAGAAUAUCUAAGAAAUGUUAUGAAUGCAGAAUUAUUCCUGCAAGAGAGUGACUUUGUGGGAGAGCUGGUUGGUUAUGACGAAUGUGCCAAAGUAAAAGCUUAAGACACUGUGUCCUAUAGGACUUCAAGAUUUGGCUUAUCUGUAAAGGAAAUUAAAUCAUUGGCAAUACACAAAAGGAACCAUAUUUAUAUGUAACUUUGAAAAAUAUGCCUUCUAUUUAAAACAGUCACAAAAUAAAACAGAAGAAGUACACUUCCAAAACAAUUUUUCAAUGUAUUUCAUUUAUCCUUCCUUGGAACGUUUUGAUUUUAGACUUUGGUCUCUCCUCUUCAAUCCUCUCUUUUUAUCUUGUUCGUCUCACUUGGAAAUAAAUUGUGUAGUUUCAUGAGGCAUCCUUAUCAAGAUAAGGGAGUACCAAAAAGACAGUCUGAUUGAUUUCCCUAAUUUGGUAAUUAUUUUACGGCACAGAUUGAAAGGCAUUGCUUCCUAUCCAAUAAAUUUUUAUAAUGCAUCUUAUUUUUUACACAUUGCUCACUCUUGUUAAUGGUCCAAAUAAAUGCCAAAAUACUUUACGUUUAUACUGUGUUAUGAUAAGAUUGCACAAUGUGUUGUGCAUUGUGUUUUCAUUUGUAUUUUCCUGUACAAAGGCAUACUGUCAUUGCUCAUGUGUGCUCUAUACAAAGAUUUUUUGCUUAUUGUACAGGUAAUGUUUGUGAAUGAUGCUCACUUCCUAAUAUUGUAUGAAAUUCGAGUUUUAUUAUUUGCGGUCGCACCUGAUUUCAAUGGGACUUUCAUUUUCUUUUGAAGUGUAUAAAAAUGCUCAUAAUUUUUUUCCAAGAAAUUUAAUCAGUGUACUGUAUAUAUGCAAAUGUCAGAGUAUUGGAAUGAUGUGUGUGUUAAAACCUUCCUUAGUUUACAACAGAAGGAAAAAAAACCUGAGCCUUAAUUGUGAAAACUUUCUAAUGGUAGUGCAAGAUGUAGGCAACAUCAGAAAAAUCCUGAAAAAUGGUUUUAAAAAUCGGAAAGCCUAAACAUAACAAAAAAAAAAUCAUUGUGUACAUCAAAUGAUUGUUGAAAAUAAAAUCUUGUUGAAAACUUACAGUA